AUGUCGUACUUCUUCGCGACUCCCGUCGAUAUCGACGUCGUCCUCGAUGAUACAGAUGAGCGUUCUAUGGUCGAUGUCAAGCUAGACAAGAACCGUCGCGAGAAGGCGCCUCUCUUUAUGGAUGGCGAGUCUGUGAAGGGCGCUGUCACUGUUCGUCCAAAGGAUGGCAAGAGGCUCGAGCAUACUGGCAUCAAGGUCCAGUUCAUCGGCACGAUAGAAAUGUUCUUCGAUCGCGGCAACCACUACGAAUUUCUCUCCCUCAACCAGGAACUCGCUGCGCCUGGCGAGCUUCAGCACCCACAAACAUUCGACUUCAACUUCAAAAACGUUGAAAAGCAGUACGAAUCAUACAAUGGCAUCAACGUUAAGCUGCGCUACUUCGUCCGCGUCACCGUUUCACGCCGCAUGGCCGAUGUCAUCCGGGAAAAGGAUAUCUGGGUCUACAGCUAUCGCAUACCCCCUGAGAUGAACAGCAGCAUUAAGAUGGAUGUUGGUAUCGAGGACUGUCUACACAUUGAGUUCGAGUACAGCAAGAGCAAAUACCACCUCAAGGAUGUCAUUGUUGGGCGCAUCUACUUUUUGCUAGUGCGCCUCAAGAUCAAGCACAUGGAGCUGUCCAUCAUCAGAAGAGAGACGACGGGCGCUGCUCCUAAUCAGUAUAAUGAAAGUGAAACCUUGGUGCGCUUCGAGAUCAUGGACGGUUCCCCGUCGCGAGGAGAGACAAUUCCUAUUCGACUAUUCCUCGGCGGUUUCGAUCUAACACCUACAUUCCGCGACGUUAACAAAAAGUUCUCCACGCGUUACUACCUCAGCUUAGUUCUCAUCGACGAGGAUGCUCGACGAUACUUCAAGCAAUCUGAGAUUAUUCUCUAUCGCCAAGCUCCUGACGCUGCACCUGUUCUAAAUGCCGGUACCUCAUCACUACCUGCGCCCCCAGAGAACAAGUUGGCUGCUGCACAGGCAUAA